CGCGUCACAGGGACCGCUCGGUUUCCGCCACGAACGCCCGCGAUCUCGAGAUUUAUAUAUAUAUAGACGUGAUAUACAUAUAUAGACGUGAUAUAUAUACAUAUGCUUUGCGAGUGAUUUUGCGAUGGUCGGAUUUUCAGUGUGAGUGUUUUUCGGAUUUCGUACUGUUUAAAGGUGUUAGGUCAAGGUUGCGACGAUGUUUUACGAGGUGAAGGACAAGAGGAUCGAGAGCGCGACGCAGCAGACCAAAUGGUGGGUGACGGCCGGGUUCUGCGGGGUCGUCGUCACGGGGGCCUUCAUCGGUGUUACCCUAUGGCUGGGCGCGCGGCAGCAGAACACCGAGUCCAUCAUCACCGACAGGAUCCUCAACUCGGGCGAUAAUUUCAACUCUUUCAACUCCAAAUUCGAUGUUCUGUCCAGGCCGGCGCCUCCUCCGGUCGUCCCCGGCCCGGCGGAGUUCCCGAAGGACCCUGCGGAAGAGCGGCGGCCGCCCAGCUUCCCGCCGACGAACAAGAAAGCCAAGAUAGAGAAGGUGGUCGAUUUCAUGAACGGCGAGACGGUCUCGACAUCGACCGAGGCCCCGCGCUUCCCGACCUACGAGCAGGGCUUCAAGCCCAUCGUCCCGAACGUCCGGAAGCACGUCGUCGAUUCCACGGAGUCGGAGGAGCUCGCCGAGGGUCCCGACCCCAUGGAGGACAUCUACCCCACCGGCGGGAAGACCGACCACCAGCCCGUCGCCAAGAAGUCCGAGGCCAUCUACCCCGCCCACGAGUGGAUCGAGGAGGAGAAGGUCCACGAGGUCGAUUCCCUCUACAAGCCCGACACCCCGGUCGCCCCGAAACACAACUACAAGUUCGACGAGGUCUACGAGUCGCAGAUGACCGAGAUGGAGUCCCGCCGUGAUAACCUCAAACCGGCCGACCAGCGGGACGGCAAGUUCAAGCUCAAGACGAUCCCCGCCUUCACGUACAUGAAGGAGAACAAGUACGCGGAGGCGGAUAUCCCAGGGGCCGUCUCUGAAGACUACCCUUAUUACUACCAGAAGGACCAGGAGUUCCACGGCCCUAACUACGACGGCGUCGCCCCUGAGGACGCCGAAUCACCCCUAGUCGCGUUCCUGAAGAAGCGACUGAAGGACCUCAACGAGUGGUUCACCAAGAACUCCGGCGCGACCUCCCCGGACUGGAGCGACCUCCUCACCGCCGUCAACCAAUCCCUCUACAACAAAAACACUUCGAUGCUGUUCAAUAAAUUCAAAGAGAUGUACUACAACUCCUCCUCCGACGUUCAAGAAGUACCGCUUUCAUCCCUCAUCUACCCUAAGAACCCGGCAGGGAUCGCGAAUAACUCGAACUUGAUAUCCUUCGGGCUCCUGGCUAUCGACCUCUUCCUCCUGCACAACGUCCAGCAGAUCGCGUGGAACGAGGAGAACGACAUCCGGGUGGAGAUGCUGAAGGACCCGGAUAUAAUGGCGCUCAACGCCCUGUUCCUGCCGCCGGAGAAGAUCCUCCAGAUGAAGAAUCCCAACUCGAGGUUCUUCACCGAGCAGGAGGACGAGUCCAAGCACGGUGCGCUCCACGAGCUGAUGGAGUUCGUCAACGGGGGCCUGAGGGCGGUGCUGAACCUGGGGAAGGCCUACCGGAGCUCGACGCGCGGGGUCGCCAGGAGCAACGGCGUCAACACGCUCGACUGUAUCUGGACCCUCUACUGCCGGAACCUGGACAAGACGGCCAAGCUCAACGGGCCGUACGGCUUCCUCGCCAAGAUGAACAGCCUGGGUCUGCGGCUCAUGAUGGGCGAGUUCCCGGUCGAGCGAGCCUUCGAAAAUCUCAUACGAGAAUCCACGCGAGGAUGGAGAGAGUUAGACUGCCAAAAAUUAUUCCCAAGGUGUGACGCAGAAGAAGCGAAAGAGGUGGUGAUCCAGACAGCUCUUGGCCAGAACGUCCCUAAGUAGACAUUUGAAACGCGCCUUUUGAAGGCCUUACUGCAACAAAAUGCAUGAGCAUGAUGAGGAGACAUCUACUUUUGAAAUUUCUUAAAAACGCGUAUUCAGGUGAAAAAAGAUCACACAGGUUCUUUUUUUCGAAAUUGUGGAUGUAGAUGGUUUCCUUUUGUGUAAAAGCAAACGUGCCUUUCAGACACUUUGUCGGCACUAAGCUGAAGGCAGAGUCAAAAAUUCUCGCCUUGAACCAGCGCAGAACCCGGUUGAGCUUGAGUUAAGAGCUCGAAAUUUAUGCAAAA